GUGUCCGACCUCUCAGUGCACCUCGCAGAGACCAGGAAGCGCGAGAGGCGCUGGCUCGGCAUCGCGCGGCAGCAGCGGCUCUACUUCAUGCAGAGCGAGCACUUCCAGCAGCAGGACGACGCCGGCGCCCUCAAGAGGCACCCAGCGGGCGAGGUGUUCCUGGCGCCUGCCCCGCUGCCGCUCGACGAGGACGAGCUCGCGCAGAUGAUGCCGCGGCGCGACCAAGUUGCCCAGUCAUACUGCGACCCGUACAGCAUCGACUCGUGGCCAUUUGAGCCCAACUCGCUGGCGGCCCGCAACAACCAUGAGCCGCAGCUGCAGGAGUGGGCGGAGGGCGCCGCGGGCGAGGAGGAGCUCGGCUCCGAGUCCGAGCCCUACGACGACGACGGCGCCGGCUCCGACCCAGACAUGCCCCCUGGCUACUUGCACGCCGACUUCGGGGACGUCGGCAUAGACGACGGCGACGAUUCGCUCGAGGGGGUGGAGGACCAGAGCCGGGAGAGGCCGCGUGGCCUGGGCCCGCGGCGGCGGGCGACAGGCAGGUCUCCAAGGGCUCCCGCGGGCUCGCCGCGGACGUGCUGCCACCCGCAGGCGCCCCGCCCGACUCGGCCCGCAGCCUGCAAAUGGCAGGGGGUCCCGAGGUUUUGA